AUGAGCGAGGACUCAGCUUGGCUGGUGCUGUUGUCCUUGAUAUUGACGAUGCAGCAAAACGCAUCCACAAUUGAUUUUGCGGAGUACCCGCACCUUGAGCGUUCAAUACUGAGUAGUGCGCGCAUUAUUAAUGGAAGUAAGGCAGAUAGGAGCAAAACAAAGCAUCAGAUUUCAUUAAGACGUCGCGAUUCGGACUUUCCCUUUGGUUCGGGACACAUUUGUGGCGGUUCCCUAAUUAUGCCCAACAUUGUGCUAUCAGCGGCUCACUGCUUUGUGGACCCCGAAAUUGGGGAUGGAACGUUCUUGCCGAAGUCCGAUUUUAUUGUGACUAUGGGCACGCAGGAUCGCUUCCGACGCAGCAAGCGCACGUUGGUCUUCGAUCUGGCCGAUAUUAUAUUUCCCCUGGACAAGUUUAAUUUGUCGACACACAAGGACGACUUGGUAUUAAUAUUUCUAAAUGCCUCGGUGCCUGAAAAUCAUAAAACUGUGCAGCCCAUCAAUCUCUCUGAGACUCCUGUUAGGCCGAGCACAAUAUGCCAAGUCACUGGUUGGGGCUUGACGGAGGAAAAUGAAACAUCGAUCGAGCUGCUGGUCGUUGAUGUGCCGCUGAUAAGUGACAAGGAUUGCAGGAUGCAGAGCAUCUAUGGCGAUUUUCUUGUUGAUGGCAUGAUGUGUGCAGGCUAUUUAGAAGAGGGGCAGCGCGAUGCCUGUAAUGGGGACUCGGGCGGUCCGCUUGUCUGCAACAAACAACUGGCUGGCAUUGUAUCGUGGGGCCUCAAGUGUGCCGUACCCAAGACACCAGGCGUUUACACCAAUGUGUCAUACUAUAAAGAUUGGAUAUUGGACAAUAUACAAGCCUAUCAAAUGUUGCGCACCAAAUAUCCUCACGGUACUAUUGUCAUCCUUCCACGUCCAGUUGAAGCCAAGGAUGAUAUCGACAAUAAAACAUCGAGUGAUGACAAUACCAACGAGGCUCUGUUUUUGUAUAACUUGGAACAUAAAUUACAAAUUCAACUGCCGAUCACAAUAAAUACGACUUGCAAUUAA